UUCUUGAAGAGUCUCCAAAAUGGACAAGCUCAUCUCUCUCUUUGUUUUUUCAGCACUCUCACAGAUUGUAGUGUCUCAUGUUCCCACUGAGACGUCUUUCAGAGCCAACAUCGAGUUGGUGUCAGGACAUUCAAGGAUCUUCUCGGGGGAGAGAGCACACUUGAGAUGCAGUAUUCCUGAUGUGCACAGGUCUAACUGGACCUACCUGUGGUUCAGGGGCUCUGAGGAGCUCUCACAGACUGGGCAGGAAUUAAAACUGUGGAAUACCAAAGUUCAAGAGAGCGGGAAAUACUACUGCCAAGGAAUAAGAAACACGAAGGUGGGAAAGAUUCGCACCCAGCAAAGUGUCCCUGUGGAGCUCAAGGUGGACGGUGGCUGGGCGAUUCUGCAAGUCCCACGACAUCCUCAACUUGUCGGGAGCACAUUGGAGGUGACAUGUCGCGUCAGAGGGAGCCCCCGACUUGAAGAGAUUAUUUUGUACAAAGAUGGCGUUGAAGUAAUGAGACAAAACGGUCACAAGCCAGAUUUCUAUCUGACCAACUUGAGCCUUGAGGACCUAGGAGUAUAUUCUUGCAGGGCUUCCUGGGAUGUGAGGAGACAAACACUCUCUGUCAUUUCUGCUGGCGCUCAUGUACAGAUCUUAGAGGUUCUGUCACAGCCAAUUUUGGAGAUCAUCCCCAACUAUGAUACUCAGCUAAAGAGGAUGAAGCUCAUUUGCCAUGUGCAGUACAACGCCCCUGCUCCUGCCCCUCCGAUAGACUUCUAUUUCUACAAAAAUAACAGGCGACUGGGACCUGCAACCUCUGACAACUAUAAUGUAGUGAAACAGACUCCAGGGCUGUACAGCUGCAAGGCCAGGGUGCCUCAGUUGGGCCUCUCGAAGUCCAGUGAACCCAAAAACUUUGGACAAAUAAGAGUAUUUCGCCUUGCUUCAGCCACCGAUGACUUCCCACCUGCUGCUGCUUCACUACCAACCUCCCCUAACCUCUCCUCUCACCAGCCGAUCCAGUUCACUCCAGUAAAGAGCACACCAUCACAAGCGCCUCCACUGACUUCACAAGCAGUCCCAACCACUUUGCUGACUACAGACCAGGUUUUUAACUCAGCUACAACUCAAGAUCAGGCAAAUCCAUUUGAGGAAUCCGAUGACAUGUCUGGGGACUCUGCAGAUUCUCUUUGAUAACUUAGCAUACAUUACACACAAUCUCUCUACUAAUCACGCUGGGUCAUUGUCACACUUCUGUAUUUAACUGUGCAAUUUUUCAUCUUUUGUAUUUGUACUUUGUACAACUAGAAAUCUCAUAUAUGAGGUCCUGCACCUGAAAUUCUGAUAUCUCCAGUUAACAAACAUCAAGCGCUGUACCAGAAUUGUUGGAGAUAUCUAACACAUACAUGUUAAAGUCAAAUAAAGCAUUUCACAAAA